AUGGCCGGGGCCGGCUGGGCCCCGCCGCGCCUGGACCAGUUCAUCCUUACCGAGCGCCUUGGCUCCGGCACCUACGCCACCGUCUAUAAGGCCUUCAGGAAGAGGGACGUGCGUGAAGUGGUAGCCAUCAAGUGUGUGAGCAGGAGGAGUCUGAACCGAGCGUCCGUGGAGAACCUGCUGACGGAGAUCGAGAUCCUCAAGAACAUCCGCCACCCGCACAUCGUGGAGCUCAAGGACUUCCAGUGGGACAGCGACCACAUCUAUCUGAUCAUGGAGUUCUGUGCUGGGGGCGACCUCUCCCGCUUCAUCCGGAUGCGCAGGAUCCUCCCUGAGAAGGUGGCACGCAUCUUCCUGCAGCAGCUCGCCUGCGCCCUGAAGUUCCUCCACGACCGCAACAUCUCCCACCUGGACCUCAAGCCACAGAACAUCCUCCUGAGCGCGCCGGAGAACCCCCAGCUGAAGCUGGCAGAUUUUGGCUUUGCACAGUACAUGUCGCCGUGGGAUGAGCAGCACGUCCUGCGGGGCUCCCCCCUCUACAUGGCCCCUGAGAUGGUGUGUCGCCAGCAGUACGAUGCCCGCGCGGACCUGUGGUCGGUGGGCGUCAUCCUUUACGAAGCGCUUUUUGGGGAGCCACCCUUUGCUUCUCACUCCUUCGCCGAGCUGGAGGAGAAGAUUCGCAGUGACUGGGUUGUGAAGCUUCCCAGCCGACCCCAGCUCUCCCCAGAAUGCCGGGAUCUCUUGGGACAACUCUUGGAGAGGGACCCUCUGAAGCGCAUCUCCUUCGAGCGCUUCUUUGCCCACCCCUUUGUGGACAUGGAGCAUGUCCCAGGCCCUGAGAGCCUGGGCAAGGCGACUGACCUGGUGGUGGAGGCAGUGAGGAAGGAUCAAGAGAGGGAUGCCAGCGCUGCCCUCUCCCUCUACUGCAAAGCCCUGGAGUAUUUUGUGCCAGCACUGCACUAUGAAAGCGAUGCACGGCGGAGAGAAGCCAUCCGGGCCAAGAUGGGGCAGUACAUCUCCCGAGCAGAGGAGCUGAAGGCUUUGGUCAACUCCAGCAACAAGAACCUACUGGAGAAAGGGAACCCAACUAGAGAGCUCCUUAAAGAGAUGGCCAAAGGAACAACCUCGGCUCUGUGCAGCGACUGGAAAGUGGCUUCAGCUGCAUGGCCAACCAGCUCCUGGGAUCUCUUGCAGGAGGACGAAGGCGGGGAUGAUGGUGACGCCCUGGAGCUGUACCAGCAGAGUCUGGGGGAGCUGCUGCUCCUCCUGGCUGCGGAGCCAGCAGGGCGGCGACGGGAGCUGCUCCAUGCGGAGAUCCAGAUGCUGAUGGCCCGAGCUGAGUACCUGAAGGAUCAGAUCAAGGUGCGGCAGGCACAGUCCGUGGGCAAGGAGGCGCUGGCAGAGCCCAUCCGGAGCGCCUGUACCUUGCAGUGAUUCCCAGGAGCCGGCCAGUGGAUGCUGCUCACUGCCCUGUGCAGAGAUGCCGUCGGAAAGAUGAGGCUUCCGUCCCCACCACCGCAUCAGGGGCUCUGAAACCCCAAGAUCCAAACCAUAUUUCCGGCAAUCACUUGUCAGGGGUGCUGAGGUCUGCCUGUCCUGCAAAACGAGGGACUCGUCUCAAAAUCUUCUGUAUCUCAAGGGAAUGUAAUUUAUUGUCUUUAAUAAAUGCUAAUUUUGGUUUCUGCA